AUGCGUUUCUUCCUCGCCUUCCUACUCGCUGCGAUGCAGCUCUGCGGCGUCAACGCCAUCUUGCGGCUGCAGAAGUGCGGCACGGCGUUUGACAAGAACUGGGUGUCGAAUUGCAGCCCUGCGGAUCAGGAUGGCUGCUAUAGCCUGUGCAGUAACAAGUGCCGGACUGCUAGUGGAAGAUGGAUGGCGAACGGCGCCGACUGCGACUGUUACUGUUAG